CCAGGGAUCAGCGGCCGGCGCGACAGACCUAGCGCCACCACCCGCCGCCCGGGCGCCCGCGUCUGCGCCUUCCCCGGGGCCUAGUCGGCGGCGGCGGGGCGGUCGAUGGCCCGGCAGCGGCGGCAUGCGGAUCCUGUUCCUGGCGGUGCUGCGGCCGCACACCGGCAACGCGGUCACUGCUGAGCGCGUCCGGGUCCAUCUGGAGGCAGCGGGACAUGUGUGCAUUCUGAAAGAUGCCUUUGACUUUGAGAGCCCAUCUGAAAUUGCAAACCUCAUCGAGGCUGAGAAGUGUGAGGCCGCCUUGGCCCUUCACCUGUACAGGGGAGGCCGACUUGUACAAGGUCAUGGAAUCCCUUUUGGAAUCAUCUUUGGUGGAACGGAUUUAAAUGAAGAUGUCAACCGGGAAGAAAAAAGCAAAGUGAUGGGAAAAGUUCUUGAAGAGGCCAGAUUUGCUGUCGCGUUCACAGAGUCGAUGAAGGAAAUGGCACAAAGGCAGUGGCCACAUGCUAAGGGUAAGAUCUAUGUCCAGAGUCAAGGAAUUACCACGACACCAAAUGCCGCCUUUAACUGGAGCACCUUUCUCCAACGUGCAGAGAUUAACCAAAGUGCUGAUAAUUUACACGUAUUUCUUCUGGUGUGUGGACUCCGACAAGUCAAAGAUCCUCUUUAUCUGGUGGAUGCGUUCUCAGAAUGGCACCAAGAAGAGCCCAAUAUUUACCUGGUAAUUGUAGGUCCUGAGGUUGAUCCAGUGUUUACAAAGGAAGUAAAAGCCAAAGUGGAAAGGGCCCCUGGGGUCCGGCUGAUGAGAGAGAUGCCUCAGGCAGACCUCCACGCAGCUGUGAAGAAUUGCUUCGCUGUGGUGAACAGCUCCGUCUCCGAGGGCAUGUCAGCCGCAAUCUUGGAGGCGAUGGAUCUGGAAGUCCCGGUGUUGGCGAGGAACAUCCCUGGGAACGCUGCCGUGGUGAAGCAUGGAGUGACAGGGCUGUUGUUUUCAGAUCCUCAGGAGUUUGUUCAGCUGGCAAAGAGACUGGUUAGUGAUCCUGCAUUAGAAAGAGAAAUUGUGGCCAACGGGAAGGAAUACAUUAGAACACACCACUCGUGGCAGGUGGAGAGAGACACCUACCAACGCCUCCUCAGGAAGUUCGAGGGAAGCCUGGAGGCCUGACGGACCACAGCUCCUCUGGUACCUGGCCUGGGAUGCACAGCUCUGGGUGAACACCAGGGAUGGGGUCCAGGCAGCUUGGCUCUGGUCCAGUGCAAAUCACACCAGUCUCAGCAGAAUCAUAGAUGCAAUGGCUGUGAGUCCCCAGGGGCACCAAGUUCAUCCCCAGCCCUUCUGUGCAUUCUGGCCCCCACCUAGGUGUUCGCCUGUCAUCCUGAAGGAGGUGCAGGAGUUGAUGGGGGCAGGAAGGGCUGGCUGGCUCCCAGGGAUUGAGGAGAGAAUUUAAUUAGCUGCUCUGGGACUCUGGAACAGACCACAGAGACUUAAUUUCAAGCAGUCACAGUUCAGACCUCCUGGCCAGUCUUCUGAGUGACUCUACCCAUCCUUGCCAGUACCAAAAGCAAAAAUCAGAAAUGUCAGCUGAGUGUAGUCCUGGUAGCAUUUCUGCCAGGAACUUGGGGCCCUGAUGAGCACAGGGUGGCCCCAGGCAUCUCUUAACUCCAGAGAGUGCUGUGAGUGAGUUCAUGUCUGCCAGUCUCGCUCUUCAGAGUAUAAUGGAAAGAUGAGGUAUGCUUCCUACAGUGUCACCAGCCUGCCCUUGUGAGCAAUGCUAAUCUCUCGAUGGAAUUUAUGCUGAAAACCAUGUAGGAUUGAGCCCACCUCAUUGUAGCCCAGAAAAUACUUGAGUGACCACAAGGUGGGGACUGAGGCUGGGAUCCAAGGUGGGCCCCCUUCUCCUUCCAGCAUCAGGAACUGGGAGUGGGAGUCAAACAGGCCACCAGCCCCCAGACCAUGGCAAGACUAGGACUCAGGUCUGUAGGACGCUGCGGACAACACAGCAAGGUCAGCUCAGGGGUCAGGCCAGCAGUCACUGGCAUGGUGGCCUGCCAGAGCAGCCAGUCCUCCCUAAAAGCAGUCUUCCAUCCUUUGGUGGCUAUGAAAAGCUCAGAGAAUUCCACCAAAACCAAAAUCCUUAUGUGCCAAUGGACAUUUGUUACAAUAGACAGGGAGUGACCUGUUCCCUACCUCUUGUGAGGCAGCGAACAGUCAGCUCUGAUGGGGGAGGAAGUGACACCACUCAGGGACCCACGAGGAGGAGGAGGGUGUUUGGUUAAAUGCAUAUGGACUCCUAGACCCUCUCUUAGGAGGAGGUGAGGGAGGAAUGGCCCCCAGUGCCAUCCGUGCUUAAGACUUUAGAACAUCUUGGACUUUUCGCUUUAUAACCAACGUGUUUUUAAAAAGUGGCAAAACUACAUCUUGAUUUUAAAAGAAACAGCCUCAAAUUAGACAACUUAAGCUCUGAUUCCUUGGGCAUGAGAACAGUGGAUUUGGGCUCCAUACCAUGUAAGGUGAUGUUUCAUUCUGUUGCCUCAAUAGCAAGACAGAAGCACUUUCCAGAAAGGCAGUAUUUGGAAACAGCAGACUUGGUGAGACGGGGAGCCCUGCUGAGCAAUGGCCCCCACUUUUUUUGCCUCUGAGGGGCCCCAAGGUCAUGGCUCUAUAUCUAGGCCUAGGGAGGGAGGAAUCCUAAGAGGAUGGCUCCAUGUGCAUCUGGAAUUCAAAUGCUGCCUGAAGAGAAGGCACCGACAGGUGCGGCAUUAUCUCAGAUCCUGUCCAGGGACGCUGCUAUUUAGAAAAUCCCCAUCAUCUGGAAGCGCGACUCUGUUCCUUGGUUGGUGACCUUACAGACACCUGACCAUCAUUGCACCUCACUGUCACCGGCUAAUGUCUUUGUGUGGAAAUGUGCACAUGCCUCACGCACUUGGCAGAAAUGUGUGAUCUUAAGUUAAUAAAGACUGUCCCCAUCUGCCGCCC